UAAGAUGAUCACUGGUCCUGAAGAAGUAAUUUGUCUGCAUUUUUCGCUCACCGUCAGCACCCAUUAUGCGUUGUUGGUACACUGCACAUAAAUCAAACGUAUAAUGUUUUAUGCAGUGUAGUGAACUUUUCACCAUCAACAGAACUUGGGAGAUCAACUUCGUCUUGAUCAGAGGGAUACAUCUUGCACUCGGCAGAGGAAUGGGCAACUGAUCGAGUAUUUGAUAAGGCAAAUCACGUCAAGAAGUGCAAGAACUCAGUAUAAGACUCUUGACACGAGUUGUGUGUGAUAAGGGCCUGGCUCGUCGUAAAUCCUCAGCAGCUGCAAAGUGUUCGCUGACGGUAUCAUUGUAACGCAUCUACUGACAGAACCGUAAGGUUGCAAAGUGAAUUAACUUGAAGCGUGUUGCAACAAAAGUUUUCAUGCUUGAGAGAAAGUGACUUAUGUCACAGAACUGGCGACGAUGACCUCUUUGACCCUCCUGCCCUCGCUGCCCGUUGGGACGGGUGUCCGAAAGUCCGUGGUGUUUAAUCCAGUGAGUGGGAAGGAGCAGACCGACCCCAAUAACAAUGCAGGGGGCGCCGCCACCAGUACAGAGAAGCAGGAUGAUAUUUCUUCGGCGCCGAAGCGCGGUGACAAGUACUCGCUGAGACCACGGUCUCUGCAGAAACGGGCCGAGACGGAGCAGCGCGGCAGGGCUGCUGUCAAUUCGAGGUCCAAAAGAGGUGACGGUACGAACAGGCCGAAACAGAAACCACCUCCCCUAAGCAAAUAUCGGCGCAAGACGGCCAACGCCCGAGAGAGAGACCGAAUGCGAGAGAUCAACGCCGCCUUCGAGACGCUCCGUCGCGCAGUGCCUCACAUCUCGACGUCCGCUCACCAGAGCCAGAACGACAGCAGCGGGAGCGAGAAACUCACAAAGAUUACGACGCUGAGACUCGCCAUGAAGUACAUCGCCGCCCUGAGCCAGGCGCUACAGCAGCCCGACAGUUUCAUCCACAUGUCCGAGGUUCCAGCUUCGAUACUUCCGCCCCCCAGUUCCAUCAGCAGUGGCAGUAGUUGUAGUGGUAGUCUACAACUCAUGUCAGAUGGGGAAUCGCUCACGUUCAGUGAGCACUGCCUCACACCACCAGACCUGAGGCAGCAAAGUCUCACGCCCCCGGACUUCACGCGGCACUGCCUCACUCCUACUGAUCUUACACCCCCGGAUCUCAGUAGGCACUGCCUCACACCACCAGAUCCGAGCCAGCACUGUCUUACAUCUUCGGAGUUCAACAGUCGUUGCAUGACGCCGCCGGACUUGAGUCAUCAGUGUCUAACCCCACCCGACCUAGGUCAGCACUGCCUGACACCGCCCCACUGUCUCACCCCUUCUGACUUCGCUGACCAUUCGCUGACAGCUGCGGAUUUUGGAGACUCUCUUACACCCCAUGACUUCAGUACUCAUUCACUCACACCUUCUGAUUUUGGAGACCCGUGCCUCACACCCCCAGAGUUCAGUGACCUCGCACCAUGACAGUUCGGUGGAAUUUUGCUCUACCAAUGACAUUCGUGGCCCCAGUUAACAGAAGAAGUGCGGGAGCCAAGGAAGGCCAGUUACUCUCUUACGUUUAGCAUAAUACAUAUCACAAGUAUCUUACAAAUGCCGUCCUAUAUUACGUUGUGUGUUUUAUGAAGGUGUAACUGCUGUAUUCAGGCCUCAGAUGCGUAUUUAAUUGUUUGAUGUAAAUCACCAGUGUCUUCAUAAAAAAAUUAUUCUUUUUCCAACGUUGUCGGGAACAGAACUUCGCCGUUUCUGUUCUCUUUCACCGUUUUAUAAUUUACAUCUCGAUGAAGUGAUAAAUCGGUGUUCGGUGAAGAGUCGAUUCCAGCUUCGACAUAACGUUGCGUGUGGGAUACAUUGAUCCACAGGACUUAAUUUAUUUACCUUGUACACUUCGAAGGCUGGAGUCGCGGGCAGUAGUGACUCCCAUCUGUAUAAGAGAGCCGUCUUAACGAGAGAAAGAAACUGCCUUGACAUGGAGGUCGCAACAUCGAGACCUCAUUCUUCGAAAGGACAAAAACCUUUAUUUAUCGUUAUAUCAAAAAUCGGAGAGAAAAUAAAUAAAACGUUCAGUUGGUCUGUUUUAUCGUUGUAACUGUGUAUUUUAAUAGAAUGAUAAUAAAAAUUAAUAAAUCAAGA